AGAGGUAAAGCUUUAUAGGGCAAUGCACUUAAUUAAAUUUGAAAAGUGUCCUUACACAUUAAGUUAAGAAAAGUUCAAUUCUUAGGGGCACAAUGAAUAAAUAUGUCCACUUGCUUACUUACUGUAUUUACUUACACAUACACAUGAUGACAUAGUAGCUAUGUCUUCCCAGAAAGCAGUAGCUACGAAAAUGGACACCUAAAGCUAAGAAGAAGGAAUCAAAGAAAUGCUGUAAUCCAUGUCUCCAUCUCCUAAGAAAACUACCUCUGUUCAUAUUCCCCUAGCACCAUCUUCCCGCUCCCUGUCCCCUUAAAGGAGGGCAUCAUAAUGCCUCUGGAAUGACAUAGUGUUAUUUGUUAUCUAAUAGUUCACUGAAGUCAUCAUCCUCUAUAUUAACCUGCAAACAUCUUGGCAUAUUGGCACAAGGGAAGAGCCAAGGAAGAAAGGAACUGUCAAACUGAGAUGUGCCUUUAUCGGUUCUCUUUGCCAAGUGUUCUUCCAACUCAGAUAAAACAUGGGACAAUACUGUAUUUGGGAAUUCUUCUGGUGACAUUGGUCUACCUUCUCCAAAACCUGCUUCCAUGUUGAACACUAGUGGUGGAUCAUGGAAAUAUGGUAUUCCAUUUUCUGAAAUUUAAUCGAGAUUCAGUGAAACGUUGUCCAUUUUCUCUGCUGCAUUCACCAUGUACCUCUACACAAGGUCCACCAGUUGACGUCAAGAUAACAAGAGUGUUGUUCUCCUUCCCCAAGCUGUCUAAGUUUCUGUUUGCUCAAGCCAAAUUUAGGACAGCUACACAUCGUGCAUCGAGCCUGUUUGAAAGUGUCAGAUUGCUGGACGAUAAACCGAAAAAAGCUGGUUUCUGUUUGCGGAGGAAUAAAGACAUGCCUGAUUUAAAGACUCCCGCGGAAAACAAGUUGUCUGAAGAGCAAGUUGCCGAAUUACGAGAAGCGUUUUGUUUAUUCGAUAAAGAUGGCGGUGGAAGCAUAUCACAAUGUGAGCUUGGAGAAGUCAUGAAGUCACUUGGGUUAAGUCCAACUCAACAGGAGCUGAUAGACAUGAUAGCUGAGGUGGAUGAGGAUGGUAACGGAGAGAUCGAUUUCGAUGAGUUUUUACAGAUGAUGGCAAGUAAAAUAAAAGAUCAUGACACUGAAGAGGAAAUAAAGGAUGCGUUUAGAGUUUUCGAUAAGGACGGAAACGGACUGAUUAGUCAUAAAGAAUUAAAACUUGUCAUGUCAAGAUUAGGUGAGAAACUGACAGAUGAUGAGGUGGAUGAGAUGAUAAGAGAAGCAGACUUGGACGGAGAUGGCAUGAUCAACUACGAGGAAUUCAAGCAACUUAUGACAAAAGCAAAACAUCGCUUUGACGUUAAGCCGCACACACAGGAGAAUACAAGACUGGACUAUGAAAGUGUGAAUAGGACAGCAUUUCGGAGAAUCGUUCUUCUACAAAUGACUGAAUUCCAACUUACUGAGGAGCAAGUACAUGAGCUCCAAGAGGCAUUCUCGCUGUUCGAUAAGGAUGGAAGUGGGACAAUUUCUAACGAGGAACUCGAGGUUGUCAUGAAAUCUCUUGGACAAAAUCCCACGGAUGAGGAACUCCAGAAAAUGAUACGCGAAGUCGAUGCAGACGGCAAUGGAGAAGUUGACUUUGAGGAGUUUUUAGUCAUGAUGAAGAAUCAAAUGCAGAACCGAGACGCUGAUGCAGAAAUGCGGGAAGCUUUUCGAGUGUUUGAUAGAAACGGCGACGGCUCAAUAAGUGCCAUGGAGUUAAGAAGUGUGAUGGCAAGUUUAGGAGAAAAACUGAGCGAUGACGAGAUUGCAGAAAUGAUGCGAGAAGCGGACCUCGACGGAGACGGUGUCAUCAACUUUGAAGAAUUUGUACACAUGGUAGGAAGCAUGGACAAAGGAGUGGAAGGCCCACCACGCUUCCAGAUGGCUAACUAACUAACGGCAUACACCUGCACUUUACUUGAAAGAAAACUUUGACUCCAGCUUAAACAGGGAAGAGCACUGGUUAUAUCACGUUGCUAAGGAAACCCACCUGAUCACAAACUUCAGUGGAGACAAGCUUACUCUCCCGCUCUUCCUCGGCUGGAUAAGUUUCUUGGCUCUUGUAAAUAUUCUCAUCAUUAUAUAUCUUAUGUUCCAGUCUACAUCAAAGUAGAGUAUUUAUAUUUAUUCGAAUGUUAAUAGUAUUUAUUGAUGAUGUAUGAAUAACCUUUAAGUAAUGAAGUUUCAUUAGUCAGGUUUUUAAGAAGAAAUGAUAUUCUAACAUUCUAUUCUAUUCCAUUCCAUUAUUUUCGGUUCU